AUGGAAGAUAUCCGAGAGUUCUUCGAUGACCUCGGCGGGGACAGCUACGCGUUGGCCGUCUACUUUGGCUGCCUGGUCUUCCUAAUCGUUUCAAUUCUGGGUUUCUGGCUUCUCCCGUGGUCGUGGAUCGUGGCAUUGGCCUCCGUCUUGAUUACCUUUGUCAUCUACCGCCAUCACUCCAUCAAGCGGGCACAGCCUGGACUACAAACAGGCCGACGCUGGGUGGCCCCUUACAAGCCGGGAGACCCCAUCCCUGACACGCGCAAACUUCCAGCAGUCUACUUCCUCUACGUCCUCGGCUCAGGCGGCCACACGACGGAAAUGAUCGAGACCAUCAAGCACAAAUUCCAGGGCCAAGCCAACCAGCACCGCCGCUACAUCGUCACAACAGGCGACAACGACUCGAUCAACCGUAUAAUCCGCCUAGAAAGCAAAAUCAAAGACGCCUUCCCGGACGAGCGCCGCGGCACCAUCGACUCCUUCUCCAUCCCGCGCGCCCGCAAGGUCCACCAGCCACUUCUCACCGCGCCCUUCACCUGCCUCGCGACAGCCGUCCACGCCGUCAACGCUCUCACCCGUGAGCCCGAGGCGCGCCCGCGGCGGCUUUACGGCACGGAGUUCAAGUACCCGCACGUCAUCGUGACCAACGGGCCCGCGACGGGCUUCAUCGUGUGUCUCGUCGGGCACGUGCUCAAGAUGCUGUACCUGGUGCCGCAGAACCGCCUUAAGAUGGUGUACAUUGAGUCGUGGGCGCGGACGCGCACGCUCAGCCUGACGGGGAAGCUCUUUUUGUGGACGGGCAUCGCCGACCUUUUCUGCGUGCAGCACAGGGAGCUCGCCGAGCGCACCCCGGGCUCGCUCUACGUCGGCCAGGUGACGGCCAGACUCGUGCCGCCUGGUUAG